AAAUCCUGCAGGUUAUUCAAAGAUGAAUUUCAUGGGACUUCGAAAUCUUGCUAUUGUUCGCUUCUGUGAUUCAGAUAUUGCCAGAAUAACGUUCUGAUGCCUUUCAUUACAGACCACCAUAUAAAAUGGCUCGCCUAGGAAGGAUGCCACAUCAAGAAGAUGCUUCCUUCCAGAUCGCUGUCAUCCCUUCUUGCCCUCCCGGCACUUGCCUUCCUCUCACUCUCAGCGAGCGCUUCCCCUCAUCCUCGGACAGCGUCAAGCCCGGCUACUCUUAAACUUGCCGUUAGAAUAAACUCGUACGGGAUCAAGAACAUCGCGGCUGCAGAUAGAGCUCGAAUCCAAGCCCGACAAGCUGGCGACAGCUCUUCUAUCACUGUGACCAGUACUGGGGCGAUAUACACCGCUGACAUUGGUGUUGGGAACCCAGCAACGUACUACACACUCUCCGUAGACACCGGAAGCUCAAAUACCUGGAUCGGAGCCAACAAAGCUUACGAAAAGACUGUCACGAGCCAGGACACAGGCAAUACAUUCUAUGUUGCAUACGGCGACGAGUCGGGCAAAAAGAAAUACGCUUCUGGAGAGGAAUAUAUCGACACCGUAACGCUCAACUCUGAUCUGGUUAUCGACAACCAAUCUAUUGGCGUCGCAUCUAGCACCUCAAUAGGUGAUGGUGUCGAUGGACUUCUUGGCGUCGGACCAGUUGGUUUAACGCGGGGCACCGUCAGUAAUACAGACGAAGUUGCAACUGUGACGCAAAAUCUCUAUAUGCAAGGAACGAUUAGUUCGGAAGUCCUCGGAGUGUUCUUCGCACCUGCUUCCUCCUCCGAUAGCAGUGGCGAGCUCACAUUCGGUGGUUAUGACGCCUCCAAAAUUACUGGAGAUGUCAGCUACGUGUCGAUCACAUCGACAUCUCCAGCGAGCACAUAUUGGGGCAUUGAUCAAUCCAUCAGCUAUGGGGAUACGCCCAUUUUGGAUGAGACAGCUGGUAUCGUCGAUACCGGAACCACCCUGAUUCUCAUUGCCACUGAUGCCUUCAACAAAUAUCAGUCUGCCACGGGGGCGACCUUCAAUGAGGAGGUUGGCUUGUUACAGAUCUCAUCCGACCAGUACGACCAGCUGUCACCCUUGUAUUUCGCUAUUGGUGGGGUUACUUAUGAGCUCACCCCGAAUGCGCAAAUCUGGCCUCGAUCGUUGAACACCGCCGUCGGUGGUGAUGCCAACAGCAUAUACCUGGUCAUCGCUGACAAUGGGAGCCCCAGCGGUUCUGGCUUAGAUUUCACGAACGGCUACUGUUUCCUCCAGCGGUUUUACUCGGUGUACGACACGACAAACUCUCGAGUCGGGUUCGCCACCACUCAGUACACCGAUGCUACAACAAAUUAAAUUCCUCUUCACGCACGAUCACCGUUCUAUUCGUAUCAGCAUAUAUACCCAACGUACCUUACUUGAAUUUUGUCUUUAAUGUGCAUCGGUGCAUGGUUGAGAGUGGUGCUACGGUAAGACCGACCGGACUAUGACGACUUUCUUCCAGCAUCUUAUGUGUGCUCAGCAUAAGGUUGGCCCCGUUAUGUCCACUGUAUGGUUCUGUGCACACGAGGAAGAUCUUGAUUAGAAGUCGGUUUGUUAUCAGCAUCAUAAUAUUCAGACAGAUGAUCAAGCGCCUAUAGAAUCCUAAUGGGACAUGUUUUCAUAUGAGUGGAGCAAGUUUUGAACUCAUAAUGCGCUGGUAAUC